CCUUCUUUGCACCAUUUUUCCAGUUUCAUAUUUCACCCUGCUGCAAUGAGCGCUAUGAUUACAACACAAGGGAAAGCUGUCCCAGAUGCCUGUGACUAUAAGGGCUGUCCAGCAGAGAGGUCCAAAACCGGUGGUUGGGCUGCAGCUGCUAUGAUUUUAGGAGGAGAAGUGAUGGAAAGGUUGACAACACUGGGCAUUGCCGUGAAUUUGGUGACAUAUUUGACGGGGACGAUGCAUUUGGGCAAUGCUGCUUCUGCCAACGUAGUCACCAACUUCUUGGGAACCUCCUUCAUGCUCUGUUUGCUCGGUGGUUUCCUAGCCGAUACUUUUCUCGGAAGAUACCUCACAAUCGCAGUAUUUGCCGCCGUUCAAGCAACUGGUGUUACAAUAUUGACGAUAUCAACCAUAGUUCGGAGCCUACGUCCUCCAAAAUGCACGGGAGACACUGUUUGCGUAAGAGCAAACGACAUGCAGCUAACGGUUCUGUAUUUAGCGCUUUAUAUGACGGCCCUUGGCACUGGUGGUGUGAAAUCCAGUGUCUCUGGGUUUGGGUCGGAUCAGUUUGAUGAUUCGGAUAAAGAAGAGAAGAAACAUAUGAUUAAAUUCUUCAACUGGUUUUACUUCUUUGUAAGCAUAGGAUCUCUGGCCGCGGUGACCGUUCUUGUGUAUAUACAAGAUAAUAAGGGCAGAGACUGGGGUUAUGGUAUCUGUGCCUGUUGUAUUGUCGUCGCACUUCUUGUGUUCUUGUCGGGUACGAGGAAGUACCGAUUCAAGAAACUGGUGGGUAGCCCAUUGACUCAGAUUGCGGUGGUGUUUGUGUCUGCUUGGAGGAAGAGGCACUUGGAAUUGCCCUCUGAUUCUUCAUUGCUGUUUAACGAGGACGACAUCAUGUACGAAGCACACAUGACCAAGAAGCAGUGGUUGCCGCAUAGCAAGCAAUUCCGGUUCUUGGACAAAGCUGCAAUCAAGGACUCAGAAACUGCUGGUGGAAUCACGGUGAAGAGCAAGUGGUAUAUUUCUACCUUAACAGACGUCGAAGAAGUAAAAUUGGUACUAAGGAUGCUACCCAUAUGGGCCACCACGAUCAUGUUUUGGACGAUCCAUGCACAAAUGACCACAUUCUCAGUAUCACAGGCGACCACCAUGGACUGCCACAUGGGGAAAUCAUUUCAAAUCCCGGCGGCAUCAAUGACGGUCUUUUUCAUCGGAACAAUUCUCAUAACCGUGCCCUUUUACGACCGCUUCAUUGUUCCAGUUGCAAAAAGAGUGCUUAAGAACCCACAGGGGCUCAGCCCUUUGCAACGCGUUGGAGUUGGUUUAGUCAUGUCAGUCUUGUCCAUGGUGACAGCAGCACUCGUAGAAAUAAAGCGCCUUAGAUUUGCACAAUCACAUGGUUUGGUAGAUAAUCCAACGGCAAAGAUCCCAAUGACUGUGUUCUGGUUGAUCCCACAAUUCUUCUUUGUGGGUGUUGGGGAGGCCUUUAUGUAUAUGGGGCAGCUAGACUUUUUCCUUAGAGAAUGUCCAAAAGGAAUGAAAACCAUGAGCACGGGGCUGUUCUUGAGCACACUGUCCAUAGGGUGUUUCUUUAGUUCCUUGUUAGUGACUUUAGUGAACAAAAUGACAGCUCAUGGAAAGCCAUGGCUUGCAGAUAAUCUUAACCAAGGGAGGCUCUAUGACUUUUACUGGCUUUUGGCUAUUUUGAGUGCUAUAAAUGUGGUGUUAUACUUGGUUUGUGCGAAGUGGUACGUCUACAAGGAGAAGAGGCUUGCUGAGGAGGGCAUAGAAUUGGAAGAAACUGACGCUGCUACUUUCCAUGCAUAGAAAUUUUACGAUAGCAACCUUUUCUCCCAUUUCAUAUAUAUUUUCCAUUGUGAGAAAAUGUAGCGUUUGGUUACCAUAAUUAGGCUUGUAAGC